UCCCAGCCCCAGCGGAGGAGGCCAGAACCGCAGCUUCGAGCACGGUUUCCUGUUGAGUUUCCCUGUUUAAGGGACAGGAACUCCCUGCUCGACUUCUCCUCCCCGCCCAUGGUAAUAACACCGACCGACAAGAGAGACUUCUCUGGCCGAAGAAAAAAAAAAACUCAACUAACUCUUGGAGUUAACACAUUUAAACACGGGACCAGCAUGACAUCCACAGUGACUUUGGAGGAUGCCCUCUCCAACGUGGACCUGCUGGAGGAACUGCCGCUCCCUGACCAGCAGCCAUGCAUCGAGCCCCUCCCCUCCUCCGUCAUGUAUCAGCCCAACUUCAACACCAACUUUGAGGACCGAAAUGCGUUCGUCACAGGCAUCGCCAGAUACAUCGAGCAGGCCACCGUCCAUUCCAGCAUGAACGACAUGCUGGAGGAGGGGCAGGAGUACGCCAUCAUGCUGUACACCUGGAGGAGCUGCUCCCGCGCUAUACCACAGGUAAAAUGCAACGAACAGCCCAACAGGGUGGAGAUCUACGAGAAAACCGUGGAGGUCCUCGAGCCAGAAGUCACCAAGCUGAUGAACUUCAUGUACUUCCAGCGCACGGCCAUCGAUCGUUUCUGCGGGGAGGUCCGCCGCCUGUGUCACACGGAGCGCAGGAAGGACUUUGUCUCGGAGGCGUACCUGCUGACGCUGGGGAAGUUCAUCAACAUGUUCGCCGUUCUGGACGAGCUGAAAAACAUGAAAUGCAGCGUCAAGAACGACCACUCGGCCUAUAAAAGAGCCGCUCAGUUCCUCAGAAAGAUGUCUGAGCCUUCAUCCAUUCAGGAGUCUCAGAACUUGUCCAUGUUCCUGGCAAACCACAACAAAAUCACCCAGUCUCUGCAGCAGCAGCUGGAGGUGAUUAAUGGAUACGAAGAGCUGCUCGCAGACAUCGUCAACCUGUGUGUCGACUACUACGAGAACAAGCUGUACCUCACUCCCAGCGAGAAGCACACGCUGCUGAAAGUCAUGGGCUUCGGCUUGUAUCUUAUGGAUGGAAACAGCAGCAACAUCUACAAACUAGACACCAAGAAAAGAAUUAACCUCACCAAGAUCGACAAGUUUUUUAAGCAACUCCAGGUGGUCCCACUGUUUGGCGACAUGCAGAUUGAGUUGUCCCGGUACAUCAAGACCAGCGCUCACUUUGAAGAGAACAAAUCCAGAUGGACCUGCACCUCCAUAUCCAGCAGCCCUCAGUACAACAUCUGUGAGCAGAUGAUUCAGAUCAGGGAGGACCACAUGCGCUUCAUCUCUGAGCUCGCUCGCUACAGCAACAGUGAGGUGGUGACGGGAUCAGGGCGGCAGGAGUCCCAAAAGACAGAUUCCGAGUACAGGAAGCUGUUUGACCUGGCCCUGCAGGGCAUGCAGCUGCUCUCCCAGUGGAGCGCCCACGUCAUGGAAGUGUAUUCCUGGAAACUGGUUCACCCGACGGACAAAUACUCCAAUAAAGAGUGUCCCGACAACGCUGAAGAGUACGAGAGGGCCACGCGUUACAACUACACAAGCGAGGAGAAGUUUGCCCUCGUGGAGGUGAUCGCUAUGAUAAAGGGACUUCAGGUGCUGAUGGGCCGCAUGGAGAGCGUGUUCAAUCACGCCAUCCGCCACACCAUCUACUCGGCGCUGCAGGACUUCUCUCAAGUGACCCUGCGGGACCCCCUGCGGCAGGCUAUCAAGAAGAAGAAAAACGUCAUCCAGAGCGUCCUUCAGGCCAUCAGGAAGACGGUCUGUGACUGGGAGACCGGACGCGAGCCGCACAACGACCCCGCGCUCCGCGGGGAAAAAGACCCAAAAGGAGGCUUCGACAUCAAGGUUCCUCGUCGAGCUGUGGGGCCCUCCAGCACACAGCUCUACAUGGUGAGGACCAUGCUGGAAUCUCUCAUCGCUGACAAAAGCGGCUCAAAGAAGACUCUGCGCAGCAGUCUCGAGGGCCCCACCAUCUUGGACAUCGAAAAGUUUCACCGCGAAUCCUUCUUUUACACACAUCUGCUGAAUUUCAGUGAGACUUUGCAGCAGUGCUGUGACCUUUCCCAGCUUUGGUUCCGCGAGUUCUUUCUGGAGCUAACAAUGGGCCGCAGGAUCCAGUUCCCCAUCGAAAUGUCCAUGCCUUGGAUCCUCACCGACCACAUCCUGGAGACCAAGGAAGCCUCCAUGAUGGAAUAUGUGCUGUAUCCUCUGGAUUUGUACAAUGACAGCGCCCACUAUGCCCUGACCAAAUUCAAGAAACAGUUCCUCUAUGACGAGAUUGAGGCCGAGGUUAACCUGUGCUUUGAUCAGUUUGUCUACAAGCUAGCUGAUCAGAUAUUUGCCUAUUACAAGAUACUAGCUGGAAGUCUUCUGCUCGACAAGCGCUUGAGGUCGGACUGCAAGAACCAAGGCGCCAACAUUCCCUGGCCGGCCUCCAACCGCUACGAGACUCUGCUGAAGCAGCGCCACGUCCAGCUGCUAGGCCGCUCCAUCGACCUGAACAGACUCAUCACCCAGAGGGUCUCAGCAGCUCUCUACAAAUCUCUGGAGCUGGCCAUCAACCGGUUCGAGAGCGAGGACCUCACCUCCAUCAUGGAGCUUGAAGGCUUGCUGGAGAUCAAUCGCAUGACGCACAAACUGCUGGGUAAGUUCCUGACGCUGGACAGCUUGGACGCCAUGUUCCGCGAGGCCAACCACAACGUGUCGGCGCCCUACGGCAGGAUAACCCUGCACGUCUUCUGGGAACUCAACUACGACUUCCUGCCAAACUACUGCUACAACGGCUCCACCAACAGGUUUGUGCGCACCAUCCUGCCUUUCUCUCAGGAGUUCCAGCGGGAUAAGCCUCCCAACGCCCAGCCUCACUAUCUGUACGGGUCAAAGACCCUGAACCUGGCAUACAGCAGCAUUUUCAGCACCUACAGGAACUUUCUGGGCCCUCCGCACAUUAAAGUCAUGUGCAGACUGCUGGGCUACCAGGGCAUCGCCGUGGUGAUGGAAGAGCUGCUCAAGGUUGUCAAGAGCCUGCUUCAGGGCACCAUCAUGCAGUAUGUGAAGACCCUGAUGGAGGUGAUGCCUAAGAUCUGCAGACUUCCACGCCACGAGUACGGUUCCCCCGGUAUCCUGGAAUUCUUUCACCACCAGCUGAAAGACAUCGUGGAGUAUGCUGAGCUGAAGACGGUGUGUUUCCAGAACCUGAGGGAGGUGGGCAACGCCCUCCUGUUCUGCCUGCUGAGCGAGCAGAGUCUGUCGCAGGAAGAAGUGUGUGAUUUGCUGCACGCGGCCCCCUUCCAGAACAUUCUUCCAAGAGUCCACGUGAAAGAGGGGGAACGUCUGGAUGCCAAGAUGAAGCGCUUGGAGGCCAAAUACACGGCGCUGCACAUGGUUCCGCUGAUCGAACGCCUGGGGACUCCGCAGCAAAUCGCCAUCGCUCGCGAGGGCGACCUGCUGACCAAAGAGAGACUGUGCUGCGGCCUGUCCAUGUUCGAGGUCAUCCUCACGCGCGUGCGGGGCUUCCUGGACGAUCCCAUCUGGCGCGGGCCGUUGCCCAGCAACGGCGUGAUGCACGUCGACGAGUGCGUGGAGUUCCACCGGCUCUGGAGCGCCAUGCAGUUUGUGUACUGCAUCCCCGUGGGAGCCCACGAGUUCACAGUGGAGCAGUGCUUUGGAGAUGGCCUCCACUGGGCCGGCUGCAUGAUCAUUGCCCUCCUGGGACAGCAGAGGCGCUUCGACAUCCUGGACUUCAGCUACCACCUGCUCAAGGUCCAGAAGCACGACGGCAAGGACGAGGUCAUCAAGAGCGUGCCCCUGAAGAAGAUGGUGGACAGAAUCCGCAAGUUCCAAGUCAUCAACAACGAGAUCUUCGCCAUCCUGAACAAGUACAUGAAGUCCGGGGACGGGGAGAACAUGCCAGUUGAACACGUCCGUUGCUUCCAGCCCCCGAUCCACCAAUCGCUGGCCAGCAGCUGAGGAGGAGCACAGCGGAGGGCACAGCUCUGUGGUUUGGCUUAACCAGCCCAGCCACAAGUAUUUCUCCUCAUUUUCCAUCUUAAAUCCUCAGUAGCAAAGGACCAUUACA